AUGGUUACUGCUAAUUCUACACAAUAUCAAGAAGAGGAAGAAGAGGAAGAAGAAGAAGAAGAAGAACUUGUUCCUCUAUCUGCUUACGUUAAUGUUAUUCUGGACGAGACAGAGAGUGAAGAAGAACGUGAGCAAGUACAAUGUCAUCAACUGCCUGCUGCUGCCACCUUUGACGUCAAGGUGUCCAAUCCACCGGUGUUAGAUAAGUAUUGUAAGCGAGAGGAGCAAUUCAAAUGGUGUCAGACGCUAAGAUUGUGUAAACGCAAGCAAAUGUCCCCCUUGAGGCAGCAACAACAGUCAGCAUUAGCUAUUGAUUAUGGAGGUUUGAUCGCUGCUGUGAAGCACGUCAAUUCCAAGCCACCCGCACGACAACCUGAUGCGAAGGACUUUGCAGAGGAAGAAAUCGAUAGCGAUACUGCUGAAGUGAGGGCUUUCAAUGGUCAAACGACACAGCUGUGGUUUGCAGUGGACCAAAAAAAGCAUGCUGUAAACAGCACACCUGAGCUUCCGCAGCAAUCUCUCCAGGGUGUCUCAACUUUUGCUUUAUGCGAGACGCUGCCAGCGCAUAAUAUGUCUGGCAAAGACGACAAUAGCACUUUGGACAGCGAUGACGACGUGUUUAAGAAGGAAGACGAAGACACCUAUUCAGAGAAUAUAGAUGCAGCGAUUCAAGGGAUGACGCGGUUUGGAAGCUACUCUACCAGUGACACACAUCCUUCUAUGUCAUUGGCUGGACAAGGUACCAUAGGCGAGAGGGAACACGGCACGAGCAGUCAUAGUGGUCAGGAGAGCGAGAAAUUUGGUCAUGAUAGCAAAGUCGCGGUAAGCGAAAGUGGAGGAUUGGAGCUGGAGCGAGGCAAGAAUGCUUCAAAUCGAGCUAUAAAUGUUUGGAAAGCUCGUGCUAUGAAGGAAGCUAUGCUUGAGAACCUGAUCCGGUUAAAGUUUUGCGAGGACAUUACACGAGCAGCACUCGAGGCGGGUGUUUUAGAAAUUUACAACUAUGAUUUGAACUGCGAGCUGGCAUAUGUAGACAUCUUCAUGUCGUUGAUGAAAAUGGUAUGUGACGCACAUCUUGAUGUCAUCAGUGAGGUCAACAAUGCCUACCACAGUUAUAUGUUACAUGAUGAGAAUGUUAGUGAUCACGUACAAUCCAGCAUCACUCACGAAGAUUCACCGUCCAGUUUAGAGCAGCACUCAUUUCUCCCUUUCAAGUGGCCAAUCAUUGAUAUGGCGCGAUUUGAGUUUGAAAGUGCACGCCCUGGGACGUGUUUCAAUAGUGUCUGUGUGCUGACAAAUCUACCACAGGUGUCAAUGGACCGAAUGCAAGAAUUGGUGGAAGCUUUGUCUCGCAAUGUUUUUUGCAUGAUUAAUGACCCUAUUCAAGUGGUCAUGCCAUCGGGAAGCUCUACUGGACGUACAAGAGGAUGUGCUUUUCUUGAGUUCUGCGAUCCGGAUACGGCGCAGAUAUGUGCAAUGGCAGUGGAUGGAUUGACAUGGGGACGGGGGUCAUUUGCCAGAAUCAGAGGAAAAUUGUUUCGACAGUACUACGUGACAUCUCCAGCUGCAGAGGAUUGGUAUACAACUGUAAUGAAUGACAACAACGCAUCAUCUUCUUGUUCGCUCAGAGCAAUUUCGGGGACUGGGUCAUUGUCACAUGCUACUCCAAUAUCUUCUACGGUUGAGCGUCAUUACAGUCGAACAGCGCAGCGCUUUCAGCUUGACUCGGGCGCAGCUCAAGAGCAAACUUUGCUUUGCGACAAUGAUGAAGAUGACAGCGAUACGGGUGAGUGGGAUAUUCAGCAUCCGCUGGAUUACACGCAAUUUGAUUCAUUAGCAAUUUCCGAUCUAUCCUCAAACAGCGCGAGCGAGCUAGAUGAGCCUAGUCAGCAUGAUAUUGCCAUUCAGCUUGGCUCUGAUGACGAAGUUUUGAAUGACGAAAAUUUGAUGCAGCAAAGAGAGAAAAGAGAGGGCGACUGUGAUGGCGCAGACGAUGAAAGUAUUGACAGCCAUAGUGUGGUUGAAUUUCAGGGUUACGACGACGAAAGGCUGAUGGACGAUUUUCUCUUUAAAAAACUUGCUCGCGAGUAUCUGAUAACUCCCGUGUCGUCAGCCAUGUGA